AUGCAAUUCUGGUUAUCUUUGUCAACAAAGAAACACAUGGCAAUUCGAUACACAGUCAAGGAGAGUGCACCGGCUGGAACCAACGACUUCGUUGGACCACCAUCGGAUGCAUCUUGGAAGGCAUGGCUAGAUUUGGUUCGGCCCAGCCUCAUUCGAGUUUCACAUGAGGAGAUGGUGAUAGCUAAGGAAGACCCGGAGCAUUCAGUGAAGGUAGAAGGAGGCGGAUACAUGGGAUCGCUCGGAGUUUAUCACGAGUUGCACUGUCUGGUAAGACGGCAAUCCAUUAUUUGCUCUGGAAAUACUGCUCUUUAUAGUUUCCAAUGGGAGCGUAAUGGCACGCGAAAGCCCCGCACAAAGACAAACUCGGAGCGUGUUUGUGUAGAUUUUGAUAACUUGGAAGCGUGGAAUUUGGAAAGAGAAAUUGGGCUUUUACCAUUAUUAGAAAUUACCAACGCAGCCGACUUUGCUGAAGUAGUUAAAGUCGAGCACAAAGCUUAUGCCACACCAGCAAACAGUCUAUGGGAAGUCCUCAAAGGUCCCAACAUCGAAGAAUGUGCUGAGCGACAAUGGGCUUGGCAUAUAGGCACCCCAAACAGCCACUGGCUCACUGUAAAGGAUGGAAAUAAGAUAAUCAGUGGUGCUGAGUGGAUUGUCCAUGAAACAAAUCCGUUCGAAAAGCAACAGCCGAUUGUGAAAGCCACUUGGUGGCCAGAAGGACCACUGAAGACAAUUUCUGACAAUUUAUUCGAAACAUUCUUUGGAGGUCGCCCUUCAGUCAUGAAUCGUCCACACUUGCUCUUGAAUUAUUGCUUCGUAGAUCCAGAGCACCGCCGUAAAGGAGCAGGUAGCUUGAUGAUGCAAUGGGGUUGCAAGCUCGCCGACGAAAAGGGACUCGAAGCAUUCGUAGAGUCUACUGAUGAUGGACGUGAAUUGUACAAAGCCCAUGGAUUCGCCAUUGUUCGCUCUUUCUUCCUUGAGGUACCACCUGCCACAAAGGGCGAUGAAGAGGAGUUCGCGAAAUUGAAGAAAGCCAUUGCACCUAAGCCGUAUCGUGUUUGGCUUAUGUGGAGACCCAAGGGUGGAAAGUUUGAGGAGGGGAAGACUGUGUAUUCGUGGGAGAAUUAA